AAAGUGUAAAUCAAAAUUAUCACCAAUCCCUCUAUAAAAACAAACUUAAAGAACAGAAAACUUAUUAACCACCAUUCAUCCAAGAAACACAAUCAGCCCCAGAAAAAAAAAAAUUCACUAAUUAAUCUUUUUCUGAAUUAAUCUUAAUUACGUCAACCCCACAUUCUGUUUUUGUUUCUCAACACAUAUGCACUCCACGUUGUUUAGCUGCAGAAACAGAAAACUGCACUAAUCACCUCUGCUUCUUUUUCCCAAUUUCUUCAAACUUUUCGAAGUCGAAAAUUCCAAAAUACCCUUUUCAUAUUUUCUUCUAACAUCUCUCAAUCCCUCUCUGUUGGGAGAGAACGAAGAAAAGAAAACUAUCUCCCCUCAAAAUCUCUCCUUCUUUCUCCCACGCAACAACAUCCAUUGUUGUUGUUUGUUUCCCAAGAAAGACGAAGAUUGUGCAAUCUCGAACGAAAAUAAGGUCUUCGAGUUCCACAAUGGUCCGAGCUCUUACAUCCCAACAACAAACAGUGCAGAAGACAAAAUCCUUCCAGAUGAAACGAAUGUUUGAGAUCCCGAGACACCUUCAGAAUUUGAUCUUUGAGAAUGGGCAGGACGGGGAGGGAGAUAGCGAUACCGCUCAAUUACUGAAUCCCAAGACUACACCAGAGGGCGGCCCGGUGGAGACACAAGGAACGUGGGGAGCUAAUCGCAAUAAUGGUGCAGAUGAAGGCACAGAUGAAGGUGAAAAGAUGAAAAGUCCUAAAUCCAAGAGGCCUUCAGAUAUGGAAAUGAUGAAGGAAAGGUUCUCUAAGCUGCUUUUGGGGGAAGAUAUGUCGGGUGGUGGAAAGGGCGUCUCUUCGGCGUUGGCUUUAUCAAAUGCCAUAACCAACCUAGCAGCAUCCGUUUUCGGAGAGCAAAGGAAACUGGAGCCUAUGUCUUCAGAAGCGAAAGCACGGUGGGUGAAAGAAAUAGGUUGGCUUUUGUCCGUGACAGAUCACAUUGUUGAAUUCGUCCCUUCGCAACAGAAUGGAACAAACAUGGAGAUAAUGGUGACCCGGCAAAGAAAUGAUCUGCACAUGAACAUUCCUGCAUUGCGCAAGCUCGAUGCAAUGCUUGUUGGUCACUUGGAUAGCUUUGGAACCCCAAGUGAGUUCUGGUAUGUGAAAAAAGGCGCCCAAGAUUCUGAAAAUGAUGAUAAUUCCCAGAGAAAUGACGAGAAAUGGUGGAAACCCAUGGUUAAAGUUCCCCCCGAAGGGCUUUCAGAUGAAUGCCGAAGGUGGAUGCAAUUUCAGAAGGAAUCUGUGAACCAAGUACUAAAAGCAGCAAUGGCCAUCAACGCGCAAGUGCUAGCUGAAAUGGGCAUACCCGAAAACUACAUUGAAUCCCUUCCCAAGAAUGGUAGGGCUAGCCUCGGUGAUUCAAUCUAUAAGAGCAUAACGGUGGACCACUUUGAUCCUCUGGAGUUCUUUGGCUCCAUGGACAUGUCCACAGAGCACAAAGUGCUUGACCUCAAAGACCGAAUUGAGGCUUCUAUUGUAAUUUGGAAGCAAAAGAUGAACCAAAAGAAUGGAAAGUCUUCGUGGAGUUCGGUCGUGAGCUUGGAGAAGAGAGAGCUCUUCGAAGAGAGAGUAGAGACUAUCUUGCUUCUAUUGAAACAGAAGUUCCCAGGAAUCCCACAAUCUGCACUUGACAUAAGUAAAAUUCAAUUCAAUAUGGAUGUAGGGUACGCUAUCCUAGAGAGCUAUUCGAGGGUGAUCGAAAGCUUGGCCUUCAAAGUCAUGUCCAUGAUCGAAGAUGUGCUUUACGCUGAUUCUCAAGCUCGAAAAUCAUCAUCAAACAUGAGGCUUUCAAUGGAUUCUAGGGACGACGGGGACGCGACACCAACAAAGACACUGUUUGAGUUCAUGGAUUGGAAUGCAGAAAUGGAAGAGAAUGACAUAGACAAUGAUAGUUCGGCGGGCAACAAGGAGAGCUGCUUUAAUGAAGACAGUGACAAGAUCAUGAGUAAACCUCCCGCUAGCAUAAACACCAAGAGAUUUUCAUACUUGGAGAAGCUUGAGAAGUUGAGUGGUCUAAGAAGUCCAACGGCUCGGCAUUGAUGGAAAAAUUGAAGAACAAGGGAGAGAGAGGGGCAGAUAGACAUAGAGAGAGAUACAGAUAUACUUCUAAGUAGUGUGCUUGUUCUUCCAUCCUAUUGAAGGAUUGGGAAGUCUCUUGGGUGUUUGUAAUUAGUGGGGUUUUGGUGCAUUUGAGAUUUGGGAUGUGCUUAUUCUGAUCUUUGCUGGUUGUUAGAAACAGCAAUACAUGUAUUCUAGUUUUUCUCAAAGGCUAUAUGGUCUUCGUUCCUUUUUUUCGCUCGACAAA